ACAUCAGCAUCUUCCGGGGGGCGCGCAGAGAAACGGGAGGAGGAGGACGGAGAAAGAGAGAGAGUAAGAGAGAGAAAGAGAGAGAGGGGGAGAGAGAGAGAGGGAGAGGAGACAUACUGGAUAAAGGCUACGACAAAAACCAUGAUGAUAAUGGAGUCGAGGCGGUGGAGGAUGUCGGAUUUACGAGAAAGGACUGUUGAAAUUUGACAGAGGGUCCGUGUUGAAACCUGUUCUCGAUUUUUUUUUUUUUUUAAUUCACCCCCCCCCGUUUGAUUUCCACAUGCUGCGUGGACAGUGAAGGCGAGCAGAGGAAGGGGAGCACCCCACGGAUGCCUCGGAAGGUAAAAACGGGGUCCACCGCUGGCGCUACAGGCAACGAGACGCAUCUCAUCUCACGGAUGGUAAUAAAGGACAUCCCGAAGAUAGCAGUGGACUAAUGGAUGAGGAUGAAAAACAGCUUUAACCCCCCCUCCACCCGACCACUGUGAAAUAAAGAGAAUCCUGUUUUGAUGGGUUUUUUUAAUCAUUCAUGGUGUAGCCCCAAGGAAACGAGCCUUAGACAGCAAUGUUGAAUCACUGGUCUUGGUAAAUUAUUCAUUAGUGGUAUAGGUAGGCUAUGAUUUUGUAUUGCUUCAAUGUAGCAUUUUCCCUCUUUCAUUUUUACAAUGCUUAGUCCUGUCACAUCAUAUGCAUAUUUGCAGGUUACAUUUGUACCGUGUAGGCCCAUUGAAUAGCCUUUAACAGCCACACAAGAAACAGCCAAAGCGGGAGAAAUAUUAGCGCAGGAAAGCUUUGACAGAGAGAAGGGACAAAAAAUAACACAAGAUCUGGGCAGUGAGGGGUGUGGAGCUGUCUGGGAAUUUUUUUAAAGAUUUACAUUUUUUCUUGCAAGAGUCUAAAGAGGAGGAGGACGGGGGGUGGAAAGAGAGAUAUAAGGAGAACAAACACAAAAAAAAAAAAACAAACAAACAAACAAACAAAAAAAAAAAAAAACGACCAAACAUGUUGCCUUCUCAAGAAGCCUCCAAGAUCUACCAUGACAAUUAUAUGCGCAACUCCCGGGCCAUCGGGGUGCUGUGGGCCAUCUUCACCAUCUGCUUCGCCAUCGUCAACGUGGUGGUGUUCAUCCAGCCCUACUGGAUCGGCGACAGCGUCAACACGCCGCAGGCCGGCUACUUCGGCCUCUUCCACUACUGCGUGGGCACCGGGCCGUCGCCCAGCCGGGAGCUCACCUGCGUGGGCAGCUUCUCCGACUUCAGCUCCAUCCCGUCCGGAGCCUUCAAGGCGGCCUCGGUGUUCGUGCUGCUGUCCAUGGUGCUGAUCCUCAGCUGCAUCGCCUGUAUGGCGCUCUUCUUCUUCUGCAACACCUCCACCGUUUACAAGACCUGCGCCUGGAUGCAGCUGCUGUGCGGAGUGUGCCUGGUGCUGGGUUGCAUGAUCUUCCCCGACGGAUGGGACGCGGAGGUGAUCCGGGACAUGUGCGGGGAGCAGGCGGGGAAAUACUCCCUGGGCGAUUGCUCUGUACGCUGGGCCUAUAUGCUGGCCAUCAUGGGCAUCCUGGACGCCCUCAUCCUGUCCUUCCUGGCCUUUGUCCUGGGUAACCGGCAGACAGACUUCUAUCUUGAUGAUUUGCAGACAGACAAUAAGGAUUUUGCUGUGUCAAGGAUUGAGGUGCGGGACAGAAGAGAGCCGAGGUACGGAGUGCAGCGUCUUCACUGAGGGCAACAAUGGCACUGGACAACUUCUCUUCUUUUCUCUCACCCCUCUAUUUCUCUCCCUCUCCUCUAUUCUCCCCCUAUAAUCUCUUCUUUUCCUCUCUCCAACGAUCAGGAUAUCACCCAAUCUCAAUGCAGACACCAAGUGUACAGGAUUCUGUAAGAUAAAAAAAACAACAAAACACACUGGGAUAAACUAUAUUUUGAAAAAAAAAAAAAAAUACAAGGUUGUACAGUGCAUUUAACACUCAGCUUUCUCAAUGAAUACCUUUAUGAUGAAAAAAAAGAUUUACUGUAUUUAGAGUCUUGAUUUGUGUGAGAAAUUCAACCCUUGAGAUGAAGAACCAUAAUGUCCAUUUAUGAUUUUACGAUGAUUUAUUUAAAAUCUUGCUAUUUAAUGACUUUGAGUUUGCGUGUUGUGUACAUUCAUAGCUUCAGAAGGCAGAUUAUUGAUACUCCUCGUACACUGAUAGAGUUAAGACUCGUAAUACAGCAGCAAGUACAUCAUUACACCCUUCAAAACUCUUCAACAGGGACUCAUAUGGCUCUUCAUCUAAGGACUUUCACAUGUGAGGAAUUUAAAGGAGUACCCCAUUGCAGCUUUACAGAACCUAACAUCUCUGGGAGAUUCUCUACUGUACAUACUUAACAAUGUAAAUAACAUUACUGCUGACAAAAACAGCCGACAACAAAACCUCAUCUGACUCUAAUGCAUUCGAGUAUAGUAUUUCUACCCUUGGUUUCAGUGUUGCUGUUGCCGGAAGAGCAUCAGAGUAUGUGCAAAUCCAUCGCGUUCAUAUGCCUCCUCACUGCUGAUUUGGUGGGAUUAGAUGGACAGGAAUAACAUGGAUAUCUUAGCUGGAUAUUCCACGGGAAAGCAGAGGGCCAUGAAUCAAAUUUAUUGUGUAUGAUCACCAUUUUUUGACACAGAAAAAAGACGCUUCCCCUGCAUCAACAUGGCCUGAAAACAAGCCCCUUAUUGUAGUAUUUCACCCUUCAGUAUACUGUCAAAAUUUUAAUUGCUGAACUGAAUUGCAGCUGUCCAAGUCAGACUUAGAAGUCAUGUUUUUUUUAUCCAAGUUCCCUCCUUUGUGAUACCCUUUCUCCAGUGUGCAGUUUACUCCAGCUUAUGGUUCCAGCAUACAGUGAUCAGUUUACUCUACAGAUGUCUUAAGACUGAUGUGAAUAUGGCUGUAUGAGUCGGCCUUCUCUCAGAGGGAAGCCCCAAGUGCUGCAUUGUCUUAAAGUGAUGUCACUUAUAUGCCUCUUUGAAUAAGCAACACUGUUUGUAGUAGUAAUAGUAAUUAUAAGUGGGACAAAAUCACAGCAAAUAAUCCCAAAAAGCAACAAAAGCCCCAAAAAAUACUAAAUCACAAUAAAAUGAUGCCUCUGUAACAUAAGUAUUAGUCAGCAGAAUAUAAUGUGACUUGGUGUUCUACCAUUUAAUCCUUGAUACCAUGUUAGACAUCAAUUCUAAUGUUAUUGUGGGCAGGGCCGUAGACAGGAGUCUACUGAGGUCAGUCUUCCCAAAAGGCACCCCCCCGUAGGAAAGUAGCGUAAAAGUAGCCAAACUGAAAUAUAUUGGGCCUCAUGCAAGAACACGUUUAAAUUAAUACUUUUUUCUGUGAGGUUUGUCAUGUGAGUGAUCCGUUGGAUUCAGCUACUUGUUGGAAAAAACCCUGAUGGGUGUCACCUGUUCAUAGGGAGGUGUGUUUGUGAUCAAUAGCAUAGUUCGAGCCCCCAAAAUGCUACAUAAGGCUGUCUGCGCUAUACUGUGAAAGAGAUAGGAGGAAUGGUUUGAUAUGAACUUAGAUGCUAAAAGACUGCAUUUGUUGAAGUGCUCAUGUUUUUGGUGAACUGAAUGUAUCUGUUUGCAAUUAAUGAAUACGCUAUGUUAACUCCAGUAAGAGUUACUAUGCUCCCACGCAGCGGCAUACUGGCACGGCAGCUUGGUUAGUGCAACUGGAAAUACAGGCACAGCUACCAGUGCUGCUGAAGCCAGUUCAUAUGAAUGUUUAAAGAAGUUUUGUGAAGAAAUCAAUACAGAUUUCAAACAAAAGAAUCUCACAUUUUUGUGCCUGCCGGGUAGGAAAAAACAAGUCUGAACAUCAGCCAUUUUGGCACCAAAUUUGAAUCCGAGUUGAAGCAUCCAAUUAGUCUUGGGGGAAACAAAGUUGUCCAUUCUUCUGUAUCUAUCCAUUUUAUUUGAUUUAGACAACAUAUUGGAACCUCGCAUUCAUUCAAAUGAAUGUAUCAGAAUUCCAAAGUUAAGUUUUUUGUUAUUUUUAGUAUCUGUUCAUGACUCAUUCGUACUAAAUAGAAUGGAUUCUGUAGUAAUGAUUCUUGCAUGAGGCCCAUUGAGUCUGAUAAUACUGGACCUAUACAAUGGUCACUAUGUCUUACAGUAAUUUGCUUAAUUGCAGAGUGUAAGGUUGCUUAAAAAACUAUUUCCCUAAAGGAAUGCAGAUGUAUGACCUCAAUGUCCUCGGUGGUAGCUACUAUCCUGAUUGUAGGCUCAAAUGUAAAAAAUUAUUAUUUAUGUAGCAUUGUUAUUGUGACAUGCCACCAGUACCGCCCAGAUUAUUGUUGCUCCAACAACAAUGUACCUUGAUGUAGCACUCGAGACAAUACCACUAAGUCAUUGGUUGUUACCAAAACACCUAUGAUACUAGUUAUUGCUGACACAUUUACAACAGUGAUCACUGCUACACCAGCAACAGGAUGUUAUAAAUAGGACAACGUAGAGGUGAUUGGCUUAACACACCUGGUAGACUGCUUUGACAAUUUGUUUUUGUAAUUAUAUGAACAUGUGCAACUUUGAACAAAAAAUUGGUACCUGCUGCAUAAAUAUGAAAUUACUUGUAAGGGCAUUCAUUACUGGGGUUGAUGGCGCUGUCAGUAUGAGGUCGGUGACUCACCAUUGUACCCAUGAGCACAGCUAUGGCCUCUUUAGGCUAUAGCCACAUGAUAGUUUGCAUUAAUUACACUUGAUUGUCAUGAUAUCAGUGCCAUUGCUCUAAGUAUGAUUCUAACAUGUGACAAGCUGCGGUUGCACCACCAUGGGGCUCUUAUCCCUCUCAGAGCAGCACUUUCAGGCGGUAACAGAACUUCCUAAGGCACCAAACUUGGGUUGAGUCAUCACGGAAAUAAAAUUUGUUGUGUGGAGAAAACAAAAAAAGCACACAGUAAAUGGUUUCAUAUGAGCAAUUGGCAUGUGUUUGCCCAUUUGGGGGGAAGGCACGAUCAUACUGUAAACCCUAAGAAGUAAUUGAAUCCAUUUCAUGGAGCAAUUCAACCACAACAAGGUGAUGUGUGUCCUGUGAGUUUACAGGCAACAUCACAAUGAAAAUACAGUGAGGGACUGAUUAUACUGCAUUAUAUUUAACUGUAAUCCAUGUUAUACUGUGUUAGGGAUGCACUAUUAACACAUUCAAGUAUUCAUCUUAAAAUAUCAGAUGACACCAUUACUUUUACAAAGCAAAAACAGCUGGUAUAACAUCAGAAUUGUAUGUAAUAUGAGCUCAGCAGUAGGGUUCACAUACCUUUGGUGGGUUAUUGGUGCAUCCCUACAGUAUACACAUAUAAUGAGCAGAUAGCUAGAUGUGCAGUGUGUUUUUCAGAAUGGUAGCUAGCUAACUCUCAGGAAGCUGUGUACACAGUACUGUAUUAAAGGCUCAUUAUGGAAAUGAUCAGCAAACAUAAAAAAAAAAAAAAACAAGCCGGACAUGCACGCAGGAUUUUUAGUCGAUGCUCUCGUGAUGUGGUCACCGCCUAAAUGACACAUUACUCCACAGUAUCCCUUGUCGGUAAAGUUUCAGUUUGACACAUUUGGGUAGAAUAGUGCUACUCUCUUUUUCCAAGCUGGGCCUUUAAGACAAUAUGAAAACAGCCCUAAUGCUGAAUCUAAUGAUGCUGAUCCAUGCAGGCUCUGCACAGACCUUGGCCUACAUCAACCAUCUUUUACAGUAGAAGCGCUGGGCCCUUAUUCAAGAAAAGUUUCUUUCACUUUAACCUUGAAGUAACUGUGCAAGCAUUUAAAAAAUAGAAACAAUUGGGCCGGUAUCUACAGACCUCAUCCAUUUGGUAUUGCAAGAAAUAUGUUUUUGCUUUUGAUAUGUACAUGACCAUUUGAGAACAUCUGUGCAUUUGCUGAGACAUGAGCAUGGUGAUUUUUUUAAUAUCUAAAGGUAUAAAUGGCGGUAAUGUCUCUCAUAUAGUAUAUAUUGUGAUUUAGACAUCUCCUAUAGCGUGCAUCUCUCAUUUGGGAAUACUUUCACGGGCCCAGGACAUAUUUUACGACAAAUCUACAAAAAGAAAAAACGACAAAGAAAAAAAAGAGACCUAAGUGGUGGUCACAUCAGGCUUCUGAGCAUCAUUAGCUGUGUGAUCAUUGGUCUGGCCUCCUCUCCAGGUACUCUGUUCCUGAGGACUUGACGAUGAACUGAAAAAUACCUUAACAAGGAACUGACAAUACCUUAACCCUGAUGAGCACAUAUUUGUACCACUCCAGGUGCCUCUAAGAACUCUUGAUUUAAUUCAGACGUGGUGCAGAACCAGCAAAACAAGUAGUGACACUGUAGUUUUUUUCUACUAAAGACUACAUACUCUGACUGAGCUCUGAAGCUAUGGAUGGGUUUUACUGCAGAUUUGAGGUCAAUUCAGUUUCAAGUCGAGCAAUUGAAACUAAAAUAAUGAACAAUAUUUUUUUUCCCCAAUUAUUUAAAUUGAUUCGGGGAAACAUUUUGAUAUGUAGACGUAAAAAACAGUUGAUUUCCCUUUAUUUUCAGUUCGUGAUUGGACUCCAAAGCUGAAUUCACCUCAAUCGUAAAAAAAAAGAAUGAAAAGCUAAUAAAAAAGGACACAGAGACGAUGAGAAGUCAUUUCCAAUCUCUAGCAGCAAACAAAAUGUUUGUUGACUAUGUAAAUGUCAUUGAUAUGUCAAUGAGUUCAUCAUAGUUUUUAUCAUGCAAUAUCAUGUAUAAAGACAUAAUGUUGGGGGUGGGACGGGCCGGGGGCAAAUGAAUAAUGUCCAGUGACUUAUGUUAUGUUAAUAGUUGACUUUCUGUUAACUCCUGCAAUGCAGAUGUUGCCAAAAUACCAUCGACUAUCAUGUGUUGACAUGAAAAAAAAAAAAGAAAUAAUCAGUUUUUGUUUUAUAUAACAAAAGAAUGAUAUACUGAUAUUUGUCAAGUACUUCUGAUGAGAUCUUUGUUUUAUGUGUUAACUACAGAAUCUUUCCUUUCUGUUAUGGUUUACUUUCUAUGUAUUUUGGUAUGAUGUAUGAUGAUUGUUGUUCCGUCACAUCAUCUCAGAUUCAACCUUGACUCACAAAUGGAUGACUGCUUUGUUGAAAUCUCAACACCCAAAAAUGUAUAAAAGUCUAUUUAUAAAGUUGCUUGAUCGUGGACAAGUGGGCCGAGUCUGAAAGAGGCUUGUUGCUUUUCAUGAAUUAUGCUGACAUGCUGAUUUUGAUUUGAAAAUUAUGUCUAAUAAUUCCUAUUUGUGAAUAGUAUUACAACUCACCAUGAUGACAAUUUCUGUUAUUGAAACACAUUUUGAGAAGGUCGAAUAAAGAUAUUUUACAUUCAAAAACA